GAAGGCCGUUAGGGAAAUCCUGAGCAGAUGGGGAGAGAAGUCCUGCGGUGACGAGAUGACUUCCUACAGGAAACUACGAGCACGAAAUAUGAGGGAAGACACUCAGGCUGUGACGUCCUCGGAAGAUGAACGCCAUUAUAAGUUUGUCAUUGAUGUUCACGACUUUAUGGACGUUGGAGAGAUCAGCGUGAAGGCUGUGAACGAGCGAGAGUUGGUGGUCGAAGGUCACUUGGAGAAGAAGGAAGACGGUUCCAAGUCCAGCAAGCGGUUCCUUCGGCGCUUCGUUGUUCCUGGAGACAUUGAGCUUGAGGCUGUCAUUUCAGUCAUGUCUUCUGACGGUGUGCUUAAAAUUUUGGCUCCAAAGAAGGAGGGCCAUAAUCGAAAACAUUUUUCGAUUGAUGUAGAAGACAUGGACGAUGUCGAGGCAACGGUUUCAAGGAAAUUUAGAAAUGGACAUCGUCUCGCCGAGGAAUAUCUGAAGAAGAGAGAUUCAUCUUCUGAUGACGAGGAAUUAAGAGCUUUUGCCAAACAAUCCAAUAACCAUUACCGAGUCACUUUCCAAGACGAUGACGAAGAGUUUGAAGGUGGACACAUGUUCAACAAGGAGACAAAGAUGACAAAUGACAGCAGUAAGGAUUUCAAGUAUAACAUUCCAAGCCUUUCUAUGGAAACCAGGGUUUGCACAUAGAGAGGAGAGGUGCGUUUGCUGAAGACUAUUGCUUCGCAAAUGUCCGUAACAGCUUCAGCCAGGCGGUGAGAGAAGUGCUGGAAAAGGCCAGUGAAUGGACCUGUCGAAGCGACGCCAUGCACAAC